UUCUUUGCCAAACCCAUGCGUUCCAAGGGAUACGUGACCAUGUUAGACCCCUUUCAGCAGAUCUAUGGAAAGCGCAUGGGAGGGCUCCUGUUCAUUCCCGCACUGAUGGGGGAAAUGUUCUGGGCUGCGGCCAUUUUCUCUGCCUUAGGAGCCACUAUCAGCGUGAUCAUUAGCACCGAUGUGCGCGUGUCCGUCAUCGUCUCCGCCCUUAUCGCCACGCUGUACACCCUGGUGGGCGGGCUCUACUCCGUGGCCUACACAGAUGUCGUUCAGCUCUUCUGCAUUUUCGUGGGACUGUGGGUCAGCGUCCCCUUCGCGCUGUCACAUGCUGCAGUUGCUGACAUCGGGUUCACGGCCGUGCACACCAAGUACCAGAAGCCCUGGCUGGGGACCAUUGAACCGUUUGAAGUCUACACGUGGCUCGAUAGCUUUCUGUUGUUGAUGCUGGGUGGAAUCCCGUGGCAAGCCUACUUCCAGAGGGUCCUGUCUUCAUCCUCAGCCACCUACGCUCAAGUGCUGUCCUUCCUGGCAGCUUUCGGGUGCAUAGUGAUGGCUCUGCCAGCCAUACUCAUUGGAGCCAUUGGCGCAUCAACAGACUGGAGCCAGACUGGAUACGGGCCUCUCGACCCCAAGGACAACCAACAGGCAGACAUGAUCUUGCCGAUUGUCCUGAAGUAUCUCUGCCCUGUGUACGUUUCUUACUUUGGUCUUGGAGCCGUUUCUGCUGCUGUCAUGUCAUCGGCAGAUUCUUCCAUCUUGUCAGCAAGUUCGAUGUUUGCUCGCAACAUCUACCAGCUUUCCUUCAGACAAAAUGCUUCCGACAAGGAGCUCGUCUGGGUCAUGCGCAUCACGGUGUUCGUGUUCGGAGCUGCUGCAAUGACCAUGGCCUUGCUGACGAAGACGGUGUACGGGCUCUGGUACCUCAGCUCAGACCUCGUAUACAUCAUCAUCUUCCCGCAGCUGCUCUGCGUGCUCUUCAUCAAGGGGACCAACACGUAUGGGGCCGUGGCAGGUUACAUUUCUGGCCUUUUCCUGAGAGUGACCGGCGGGGAGCCGUACCUGAACCUGCAGCCCUUGAUCUUUUACCCUGGUUAUUACAUUGAUAAAAGUGGCAUAUAUAAUCAGAGAUUCCCAUUUAAAACCCUUGCCAUGGUGACCUCAUUCUUAUCCAACAUUUGCAUCUCUUAUUUAGCCAAAUACCUAUUUGAAAGUGGAACCUUGCCACCAAAAUUAGAUGUAUUUGAUGCUGUCGUUGCAAGGCACAGUGAAGAAAACAUGGAUAGGACAAUUCUGGUCAGAAAUGAAAAUAUUAAGCUAGAUGAACUUGCACCUGUGAAGCCUCGGCAGAGCAUAACUCUCAGCUCGACUUUCACCAAUCAGGAGGCCCUCCUCAACAUGGAUUCCAGUCCAGAGGGGUCUGGGACUGAAGAUAAUUUACAAUAA